AUGGGUCGAUAUCCUCAGAAGGAGUGGCUCUUUGCAGCGAUUGGCCUCGCAAUGGAAGGGUUAAGUUGUUUUGCAGUACCAUUCACCAACACUAUCCUGCAACUUAUUUUGCCGCUUUCGACAAUUUGUUUCGGGAUUGCUUUAAUCGAUACAUCAUUGCUGCCGAUGCUUGGCUAUCUGGUAGAUACUCGUCAUGUCAGCGUUUAUGGAAGUGUUUAUGCGAUCGCUGAUAUAUCAUACAGUUUGGCUUACGCGUUUGGGCCAAUAAUUGCAGGAGAAAUUGUUUCAACGAUGGGCUUUGUGGCGCUUAACAUCAUCAUUUGUGUGCUGAAUUUGGCCUACACUCCAGUGCUUGCGCUGCUUCGACAAGUUUACCUCUAUCAGCCGUUCGAACAUAAGCAACAACGGCAACAAACUGUUUUGGAUGCUGAGUGCGGGCAGCUAAUAAGCGAUGCUAACUUGCCCGACACCACUAUGCAUAGCUUCGACAUGCCACAACUUCAAAACUACGGUGCUAUCCAGCAACAACAAUUUGAUGCCUCAAAUCAAUGGGGUGCACAACCGGAAUAUCCAGCUGGUUACAGUCCGGAUGACCCUUUGAAUGUGCAGUGGUAA